ACUCCCCAUUUCUUUACUUGUGUCUUGAGCAACUAAAAAUGGCGCGAAUUUCCGGACACUUCCCGGCAUUUUCCGCUACCACCUUCCUCUUCCUUCUCCUCGUCGUAACUCAUCUCCGGCAGUGCUCUGGCGGUGGCCAUGACUACCACGACGCCCUCCGUAAAAGCAUUCUCUUCUUCGAAGGCCAACGCUCGGGCAAGCUCCCUCCUGACCAACGAGUCAGGUGGCGCAGAGACUCAGCAUUGCACGACGGAGCCACCGCCGGAGUGGAUUUAAGAGGAGGAUACUAUGAUGCUGGUGACAACGUAAAAUUUGGGUUCCCAAUGGCAUUCACAAUCACAAUGUUGUCAUGGAGCAUUAUAGACUUUGGUCGGAACAUGGGUGGGGAGUUGGGAAAUGCUAUAAAGGCAGUGAAAUGGGGUACAAAUUAUUUAUUAAAGGCCACAGCUAAGGAUGGCCUUGUGUACGUACAAGUAGGUGAUCCAUUGUCGGAUCAUAACUGCUGGGAAAGGCCCGAAGAUAUGGACACGUCGAGGAUGGCGUACAAGAUAGAUGCCAACCACCCCGGCUCAGACGUGGCGGGGGAGACCGCCGCUGCCUUGGCCGCGGCCUCGAUUGUGUUCCGGUCACGUGACCCGGCCUACUCUAGGCUCCUUCUUAAUCGUGCCGUUAAAGUGUUCGAGUUUGCUGACAGGCACCGGGGUGCGUACAGUUCCAGCCUGCACUAUGCUGUCUGCCCUUUUUACUGUGAUGUCAAUGGUUACCAGUGUUAUACAGUCCACUAGACAAGAUGUCAAGAACUGUACAUUUUCUUAAUGUUAGCAGCGGGAUAUAUUGAAGAAGCUUGUUGUGUGCACAAACUGCACACUAUAUACAAACUGCGCACACAGAAGUCAUACAAAAUAGGCACAACAGGUGAUGGAUGGGGGGAUCUUUUUGGCAUUUUUUUUUUUAUCACAACAUGGGUUUCUCGCAUGUGAGAUUUUCGACAGAAUUCUUUGGAACAGUUUUCUAUACAAAUGAAAAUCUCUUAUAUUGAAAAUGUCCUCUAGGAAUAUCCACUUUAUUCAAGAAAUGAAACAGAGUAAUGACCAUGCAUUGCCAUGGCCAUCAUCUUUGGUAGAAUGCGCUAAAUACUUAGAUGAAAAAAAUUUAAAAAAAACCUCAAAGAGGUUAUGUUAUUCGACUAAGCGAUGAUGCAUGCCAAAUAUGCGACAAUAGUUAACGAGUUGCA